CCUGCUCCCCUGUACGGGGCAGCGGGACCCGCUGGGCGCGUGCGGCUCCCUCCACAGCUGCCCCCGCCUCCGUGCCCUUCCGUGGCUGCGCUCGGGCCACGGGGCGCCGCCCCCUGGUUCUCCCGCCGCCCCUAAAUUCGGCCCCGGUCUCGUGGGAGGGCGACGGGCCGCGGGAAGCGCCUCUCCCGCACGCUGCCUCCCCCUCGGGAAGCCGGGCGCUCUCGUCUUGAGGCGCCUCUCGGGCUUCAGCUCUCCCGUGCCCGGCGAUCUCCGCUGUUUCAGUCCACAGCUCUGCGCUGCCCGGAGAGUCCCGCUGGCGUCGGAAGCUGGAGUCUGGAAAGAGCUGAUCUGAAGAUUUUGCUUGGCUACUCAGAUGUCUUUAGAGUAUCUUUGAAGACAGGUGUGACAAGUUACAGCUUUGGCUGUUAAAAUGUAUGGUAAAGUGCCAUUACCUCAUAUCUUUCUGGGGGCUCUCCUUGGAGUUGCAGGAGGAAUCUACAUCUAUAAACCAAUAUUUGAACAAUAUCACAGAAAACAGAAUAAAUUAAAAGAAAAGCUGCAAGCACCAGAACUAGAAGAGAAGAAAGAAUAGCAGAGAUUACAUGGAGCUGCUUGGUGAUAUUGGUUUGGACACUGUAAACUUUUGUUCUGAGAUAAAAACAAAAUAACAUAGUCUAUUCUUCAAAAGAAAUUGGUUUAUCUUGGUGAAGAAUAAAUAUGCUUUUUAAUU